AUGGCAUCAUCAUCGUCUUCAUCGCAUCCAUGCAAGACAUAUGAUGUUUUCUUGAGUUUUAGAGGUGAGACACGAAGAUUCUUUACUGAUCAUCUUUAUGCAGAUUUGAGGAGGGCUGGAAUUAACACUUUUCUUGAUGAUGAAUCAAUUCGGAGAGGUGAGGAUAUUUCAGUUGAGUUGUCUAGGGCUAUAGAGGAGUCACGGAUAUCCAUCAUUGUAUUCUCCAAAGACUAUGCUGGAUCCAAGUGGUGUCUAGAUGAGCUUGUGAAGAUCAUGGAGUGUAAACAAAAGUUGAAUCAAAUUGUUUUUCCAAUAUUUUAUGAUGUUGAUCCUUCAGAGGUUCGCAAACAGACAGGCAUGUUUAGUGACGCAUUGACUCUACACAGAGAACGAUUUGGGGAUCAAAAAGUUAAUGAGUGGAUAGUUGCGCUCACUGCUGCUGCUAAUUUAUCCGGAUGGGAUUUGCAAACCAUGGCAAACAAGUAUGAGUCAAAAUUCAUUGAGGCCAUUACUAAAGAUGUGCUAGGGGUGCUGAAUAUUAUGCCCAUGAAUGUUGCAAAGCAUCAUAUUGGAAUUGAUUCCCGUGUUAGAGCUGUACUUGAUUUAUUACAAAUUGAAACAAAUGGUAGUGUUCAGAUGAUUGGAAUUUUUGGCAUGGGUGGUGUAGGGAAAUCAACCCUUGCUAAAGCCAUAUACAAUCACUUUACCAUGAAUUUCCAAGGGUUUGAAGGUAGUUGCUUUGUUGCAAAUAUUAGACAAGAAGUUUCUAAUAAGGGACACAAUGGUCUGGUUUGUUUACAAGAAAAACUUCUUCGGAAAAUACUGAAGAAAAAUUUUGAAAUUGAUAACGUUGAUGAAGGAAUAAGUUUGAUCAAAACAAGAUUGCAAUCAAAAAGGGUUCUUAUUGUUCUUGAUGACAUAGACCACAUAAGUCAACUAGAAUCAUUAGCCGGACAACGGAAUUGGUUUGGUUCAGGUACUACAAUUAUAAUAACAACUAGAGAUGUUCAUUUGUUGAGUGACCUUGGAACACGAGAGAAGUACAUGGUUAAAACAUUAAACAUUGAUGAUUCUUUGCAACUCUUAAGUUGGCAUGCUUUUGGUGUUCCAAUACCAUUAGAGGAGUAUACCGAACUAUCCAAAAGGAUAGCAAGUUAUAUUGGUGGACUUCCAUUAGCCCUUACAGUUAUAGGUUCUCAUUUGCGUGGAAGAUCAGUGCAAGAGUGGAUCGAAGAUGUUGAGAAAUUAAAAAGAAAUUCUCAUGAUGAUAUUCACAAAAUUCUUAAAAUAAGCUAUGAUGCACUUGAUGGUGAUACUCAAAACAUCUUUCUUGAUAUUGCUUGUUUUUUCGUUGGGCAUGGCAAAAAGGACACUGCUAUGAUAUUGGAAGCUUGUGGUUUUUAUGCUGAAAGUGGAAUCAGAAGUUUGAUAGAAAAAUGUUUGUUAACAAUACAUGGAGGUGGAGAAUUUGGUAGGCUUGAGAUGCAUGAUUUAGUACGGGAUAUGGGAAGAGAAGUUGUUCGAAAAGAAUCUCCAGGAGAUCCUAGCAAACGAAGUAGAUUGAUGGACCCAAAGGAUGUGUUUGAUGUUCUUCAAGGUAACAAGGGCACAGGAAGAAUUGAAGGGGUGUUUGUAAAUUCAAAUAUCUUAAAGAAUGUGAAUACUUAUAUUGGAUGGUGUACUUCUUAA